AUGGCAAUAUUGGACAUUUCUAAGUUAUUCAUGUACCAAUUCCAUUAUGAUUUCAUCAAGAAACAAUACAAGGAAAAGGCAAAAUUAUUGAUGACUGACACCGAUUCUCUGUUUUACAGAUUUGAGGUCCAAGAUAUGUAUAAUGAGAUACAUCAGCAUAUGGAUCUGUUCGAUACCUCAAACUACCCAAGAGAGCACUUCUUAUUUAGUGACAAAAACAAGAAGGUGGUUGGCAAAAUGAAAGAUGAAACAGCUGGAACUGUCGUGAGGGGAUUUGUGGGUCUACGACCAAAAAUGUAUUCCUUUGUCGUUAACGAUGGAAAAGAAGUUAAGAAAGCUAAAGGCGUUUCAAAAACCGUGGUUAGCAAAGAAAUCAUGUACAAACAAUAUGUCGACUGCCUUUUUAACGGUGAAUAUGAAAGACAUAAUAUGCGCUCUAUACGAAGUGACAACCAUAACUUGUAUCUAAAAUCCAUCCAUAAGUUAUCUCUCUCAUCAUUUGACGACAACCGAUAUUGGCUAGAACCAUGUGGAAUUGAGGGUUAUUCCUAUGGUCAUUAUAAAAUAAAUGAAUAAGUUUUCAUGUUUAUAU